AUGUAUGUUGCAAGAGAUUUAGGGGGAAGUGACUGAAGGGAGACGAAAAGCUUAAGCAAGGUCAGCCCCUGGAACAGUCAGGCAAGCAAAGCAUACCUGACAGAGAGAAAAAGAAAAACAGGCUGCAGCUUUUGCAAAAAGGGCUAGGCCCUUUGGAAGCAUUGUAAUGACUUUCCAGAUGCUGGGCUAUACUGUUUUGUUCCUGCUAUGGGUAUGCUGCACUGCACAGAAUGAUGACUGUGGACCACCCCCUAGAAGAAAUAAUGAAGAGCUUGCCGAGCUUUCAGUCAAACAGUCCUAUUCACAUGGUGAAAUUGUACAAUACAACUGCCGUCCUGGGUACAUAAAACUUGGACGAAUUAAAGUACGAUGUAACAAUGGAAACUGGGAUCCAGUCCCGCCACGUGUGGAAUGCCAAAAAAGGCCUUGUGGACAUCCUGGAGAUAUCCAGUUUGGUUCUUUUGAACUCGUUAGAGGAGAUGAAUUUGUCUUUGGUGUUCGUGUGGAAUACAAGUGUGAUCCAGGAUACCAGAUGCUCAGCCAGACAAAUUACCGAGAUUGUCGAGCAGAUGGGUGGAGCAAUGAUGUCCCACACUGUGAAGUAAAGAAGUGUUUCCCAGUAACGCCACCAGAAAAUGGGAGGAUUGUUAUGAGUGGAAUACAUUCGUUGGACCAAGAAUUUAUGUUUGGACAGGCUGUACGAUUUGAAUGCAAUGCAAAAUUCAAAAUUGUGGGAUCCAAACAAAUUGUUUGUGCAGAUGCGGGACAAUGGCAUCCAGGUGUACCAACAUGUGAAGAAAUAAUCUGCGAAUCAGGAAAUAUUGUUCAUGGUUAUAUAACUUCAUUAAAGGACAUUUAUAAAGAAGGUGAUGAAUUACAGUUUAGCUGUCACAAUGGAUAUAAACCCAUUGACAGAUCUGUUGCAGUAUGUAGUGAGAAUGGAUGGAGUACAAGGCUCGAGUGUACAGAAAUUGUAUGCUCACGUCCAGAAGUCAAUAAUGGCAGAGUCAAUCCUCACCAGGAGCAGUACUCACAUGAACAACCAAUCCAGAUAGAGUGUGAUAAUGGCUAUAAGCCUGAAAGACAAGGAACAACUUCCAAGUGUACCAAGGAUGGCUGGAUACCACAACCGAGAUGUGUCUCAAAACUCUGUGACUAUCCCGAAACAGAGAAUAUAGAAGUAUAUGGAGUCCCUGAGAACUACAAGGAUCAUUAUUUUCCAAAACGGGAGAGAGCUACCAUUUACUUCCAAUGCAUCAAUGGCUUUUUGUCAGCAAAUAAACAGGCCCAGCAGUGGCAACGCUCUACUUGCACCAAAUCUGGAUGGGAUCCAGAACCAAAAUGCUUUAAACAAUGUGAUCAUACAAUCAGUUUUCCACAUGUUAAAUUUAUUCAUGGUCAUUGGAGUAAAUUCAUAGAAGGCGAUGACAUUUCAUUUUCUUGUGAAACUGGAUAUUAUCCUGAACAGCAGGAAGCAAAAGCCAAGUGCACAAAAAAUGGCUGGUCACCCACUCCGAGGUGCAUCACCAGAGAAAUACCUACCUGUCAAAGAGAUUCUCUACCUAAUGGCUUUUUCACUGACCAAAAGGACCAGUUUGCUCUCAAUGAGAGAACAAGAUACAGCUGUCGAAUUGGUUUCACGACUCCAGAAGGACAUGAAGAGGGAGAGACUCAGUGUCGUAGAGAAGGAUGGACACCGAAGCCAGAGUGUGUCCAAACAUGCCAAAAGCCAACUGAAGAGAAUGUUAUCAUCAGCAUGAAUAAACCAGUUUUCUUCUUGAAGGAAAACCUGCACUACAAGUGCAAAGUUGGAUAUGAAACAACCAAAAAAACCUUAGAUGACAAUUCAACAUGCACAGUGAAUGGAUGGAGUCCAAGCCCUCAAUGUCUACCAAUACAUUGUGAAGGUCUUAUUCUGGACAAUGGGACUGUUCAGCCAAGAAAGGACCAGUACCUGUACAGCGAUGUAGUGCGAUUUAGCUGUCACUCAGGACACAAAAGAGUUGGUCCUGUCUCUGCUCAGUGUUAUCAUUUUGGAUGGUCUCCACCACCUCCUAUCUGUAAAGCUCCAGGAGAAGUCAACUCUUGUCAGCCACCUAGCAACAUUACAGAUGGCAGAAUUAUCACUGAUUUUCAAGAAGAAUAUCCACAUGGUCAGCAGGUAGAAUACGAGUGUAACCUCAAAUAUGCAAUGACUGGAUCCAAGAAGAUAGAGUGUGUCGAUGGACAAUGGACAUCUUUGCCCUCCUGUACAGUGGAGAAAAGAACCUGUGGGCCACUUCCUUCUAUUCAAAAUGGACAUGCUGUCAGCAGAAACAAAAACCGAUAUUUCCAUGGUGACACAGUGAGAUAUGAAUGUGAUGAAGCCUUUGCAGUUGUUGGGACCAACCCAGCCAAGUGUCUCCAUGGAAAGUGGGAUUUACCUUCAUGUGCUGAUGGUUGUGCAACUCCAAAGAUACCUAAGAAUACAAACUCUGGCCCCCUGAAAAGCCGCUAUAACUACAAUGAAGUUGUAAGCUACAGCUGUGAUUCCAGCCAGCAUAAAACAAAAUGUAUUAGAGGAACUUGGUCACCCAAGCCAGACUGCAGAGAACUCUGCCCGCCUCCACCUCACGUUCCAAAUGCCGCUGAAAUAAUUGAGGUGAGAAACUAUGAAAAUGGAGAAAAGAUGCAAUUUACAUGUAAGAAACAUUUCCUGCUUGAAGGGCCAGAAGAAAUAUCAUGUGAAGAUGGAAAGUGGGAAACGCCCCCACGCUGUAUUGAUGCAAGUUGCGGAGAUCCCCCUCCAAUUGCCAAUGGUGGUGUAGUAAAUGGUACUCAGGGAAAGUAUCUACCUGAAAAAAGAGUAGAAUAUCGUUGCAAUGAAGGCUUUGGCAUUAGCCGAAUAAAAUUUUCAACUUGCAGAAAUAGGGUCUGGAGCCAAACUCCAAGUUGCAAAGAAAAGCCAUGUGGACCUCCCCCGCAAGUCUUUGAUGCAUCACUUACUAUGGCAGAGAAAAAAACCUAUCAGCCUGGAGAAAUAGUACAUUAUGUAUGCCAUCCAGGAUUUGCUACAGAUGGGCCCCUCAACGUGACAUGCAGAAAAGGGCAAUGGACAAAACCUCCUAAGUGUGAAGAUGCAACCUGUGAAGAGCCUCCAACAGUUAGCAAUGCUGCUAUCAUAAGUGAAAGAAGUACAGUUUACAUGCCUGGCCACCGUGUACAGUAUCGAUGCUCCGCAGGGUUUGAAAUGUCUGGAUCGGACUCUAUAACAUGUGGAAUUAAGGUGUGGUCAGAACCGCCCACGUGUGAAGAUGUCACAUGUCCUCCCCCAAGUGAGAUUGCCCAUAGAAAAAUUGUUGGUCAACCAAAGGAAAGGUAUAUGCCUUCUGACACAGUGCGUUUUCAGUGUAUCCAAGGUCGGAGUCUUUUUGGACCAGCAGUAGCGACAUGCUUCAACAUGCAAUGGACAGAACUGCCAAGAUGCAUAGAUGCUGGAGGAAACUGUGGUCGUCCUCCUUCUGUUCAAAAUGGAGAUGUCCUCAACCCUCUUCAAGCACAGUAUGCACCGGGCACAACAUUGCAAUAUAAAUGUCAAUUCUUGUAUUUAAUGAAUGGAACUUCUCAAGUACAUUGUAGAAAUGGUCAUUGGACAGAAGCUCCAACAUGCAUAGAGGCAUGUACAAUAUCUGAAGAAGAUAUGGCACAAAACAACAUUCAGUUGAAGUGGACAAAUGAUAAAAAACUAUAUUCAGAAUCAGGAGAUGCAGUGGAAUUUAUAUGUAAAUGGCACUAUCGGAAGGACCCAUCUUCCCCUCCCUUCAGAACACAAUGUAUAGAAGGCAAGGUGACAUAUCCAAGAUGUAUCUGAUGAAUGAAAAGAAGGAUGCAACCAAUGUUUUAAAGCAAGAUUUGGUCUUCAAAAGUCAUUAUUCGCUUCUUUCAAACACUGGCCUAUCAAGUGGUCCUUGUAAUUAUAUCUUUGAUCAAUUAUAUUUGUAGUUCUUCACAACAGAAUAAAACUUGGAAACAUCCUAGAAGCCACACCUGCAACUUUUAAUGUAAUAAUAAAAUGGCUAUAAACCAAUAUUUGUUCCAACUUUAGAGCCAUACACAUGGAAGCAUUAAAAAUGUAAAGGUAUAAAAGGAAGAAUAUCAGCAGUCAAGAAAGCAGUGUCUUACAAAUAUGUUUCCGACUCUAUAAAGAAAAUAUCACUGAGAACUAGGCCCUUUUUCAGAAUCUGCAGGCUGUGUAUAAAUGCAAUUGGUUUUAUUAUUUAACAUGCAGAGUUUGCUCAUUCAUCCAAAAUAAAUGAUAAACAUUCACAAAAUGCUUGUCUUUUUCACUAAAUAAAAAGUGUAUAAGAUG